AUGGCAUUAGUGGGUGAGGAAGAAUUGCUCUGUUUUUCAUUCCGAUGGUUUGUUCUCGUUACGGCAUGCUUACCUUUCACUGCCUUAUUUCUUUGCAUAUCAUUAGCAUUAGUAUUACAUCUGGAUGAAUCUACUCGAACUCAUUGUGGUGUUGUAAAUUAUUUGCCAUCUAUAUCGGCUGCCGUCGCAUCUUUUUCACCAGAGCGCUACGUUUGGCGAUUUUUUAUCGCUUUACAUUCCGCACCUCGUAUUGUGGAGGCUGUAGCAUUUAAAAAUCUACUGUUGACAUCUCCGCUGCGGCCGUUGAAUGAUCGUAUAUGGUUCGAAUUAGCUUGUCAAAUAGCAUGCUUUGUAAAUAUCGGUGAAAGUUUAUUUCUUCUUUUGUUAACUGCUGUUUCAUCCACCGAAAAUCAUGCUAUCCACAAAAUAUCGUUUCUCGGAUUCGCUCUCUGUUCAAUAAUUUAUAUGUUGAUUGCAACGAGUCUGUUUCAGUAUUCUGGUAGACGUCGUACGUCAUCAUUAGGCGAGAAAUCAUUCCAGUACAAAGUACUUAUGUGUUCCAUAUCGACGUUAUCACUUCUACUCGCCGUAUAUUUCUUCCAGCGUCAUAACACUUAUUGUGAACCUGGGAUAUAUACGCUAUUUGCUAUUUCUGAAUAUGCUGUUGUAUUAUCUAAUGUACUUUUUCACUGCACCCUACUUUUUGAUUUUCACGGAAAGCAUUUUAUUUUGACUUCUUCUGGCCCAAACUUUCAUUACCAAGCACUAUUGCCAGAAUUUAAUGCUAGCAAACGUUCUGCUUGA